GACCAGACAAAAGGCAUCUUGCUAUCAAACACAUUCUAACACAGAAGAAUAAGUAACAGCUCACUAUUCUUUUUCCCCCACCCCGCCCUCCACAUCCGCGCUCGUAAGCCCCCGGUGGAGAUCUUCGUACAUCAGGUAAAUGGAUGGAGGAAAGCACCCUUGUGCCCCCGUAUUGGCAAGCCCAUCAGAGGACGGACUCCAGUGGUUCCGUCGAUAACUCACCUGCACACCCGCCACCCAUCACCCUAGAAGACCACACGGAGCAUUCGUGCGAGCAGAGUAGCGCAUUAUGGGCCAAAAGUGUGACGAUCCAGGACUAUGCCAUUAUUCGCGGAAGUAGAACUGGGGUCGGUGCAUAUGUUGUCUGGAAUUGUUCGAUUGAGACGCUCGACGGCGGUCCGAUGAUGAUUCGCAAAAGGUAUUCGGAAUUUGAUGAGCUCCGCCGCAAGUUGCUGGAGACGUUUCCAACCUCAGAGGCAGCCUUGCCGCCACUACCUCCGAAAAGCGUAAUCUCAAGGUUCCAGCCGAAAUUUCUCCAGGCACGUCGAGAGGGCCUAUCCUAUUUCCUCAAUUGCGUGCUGCUCAACCCGGAAUUCGCGGGCUCGCCUGUUCUCAAAGAGUUUGUCUUUUCUUGAUGACGGUAAUGAUGCACUCAUGUUUAGAUCAAAAGCGCUAGGCAUCUGGUGUUAGCAUUCACAUCCAUGUAUUACUGCUUCUUUUUUCCCUAGCAUCUUCUACAAACGAGCAUACAUUUUCCAAGAAGCUCAUCUCGGCAUGGUAUGCUUCACGCCCAGGCAUUAAUUAUAAUUGCUCUGGUAUUCUCUGUUACUCUUUCUUGAGUUGUUGUUAUAACGGCCGGCAAAUGGGGUGCGACUCUGUAUAUAGGUAUUAAUUCUAGUCCUCUAGUUUGGCCUGUCAACUAUUAUAUUUAAACACCCCA